UGGCAGAAUUAAAUCUUACAACCACCAUAGUCCCACGCAAUUAGCUGUCGCAAUUUUUCUUUACAAGAUUCAUCUUGCGUCUUGUGUUCUGUCGACUUGCAGUGUACACAUCGCAUUUGUUUUGUACAGUGUUUAAACUCGUCUUCGGUUUCAUGAGGCGUUAUGCAUUGUUCGCAUCUCUUAUUACUUCUGCAGUUGUCAGCAUGGUGAUUGAAUCUCAAAAAGUUGCCGCACACAAUCAAUCUCUGGAUGAACGGUUUCACAUGACUACUGCAACAGAAUAGUCUUAAAUGUCCUGGCAAAGCUUUUGCUCGAAACAUUACGCUGAUGCGAUUGAUUGGAAUUCUUUCUGAGCCCUCUUCUCGGGUCAUUCGUCUUACACUUAUGAUUGGUACUUCGCAUCCUAUCUUCAAUAGGAAUUUCUGCUGGCACUCCUGAAACUAUACCUGUUACGCAGACAAGGUGCAUGGGCACAUAUGCUCUAUAUUCGCCGUCCUUAGCUUUGUUGGUUUCCUCCAUCAACGAGUUAGCCAUAAUAUAGCUGUUAAUGUAUACCAUUAUUCGGUUUCUUCCGACCUGUUUCAUGUCCUCGAGAUGUUUUUUGUAUGUCACCAUUUUCCUCAGUGUACUUCCGAGAGAAUACAGUCGUCGUUCGCUAACUGCAACAUGUUUACAUUGCAGUUAUCGAAUGCCGUUCGAUAACUGCAACACUUGACACAUGCCAAAAUUUAGAGGGGGGUCCGUCACUACCAUUUUUGUUUUCAAUGAUGUCGAAAUGUAUUUCUUAAUGGAAUAGUGGCAAAAAAUAUCAGAAAACUAAAAUAGGCAAGCUUUUUGAUUAAUCAAUUUGAUAGUCAUAUUUCCGCAUCAUAAUUCAUUGCGUUUUAGUAACUACAGUCGUCGUUCGAUAACUGCAACAUGUUUACAUUUCAGUUAUCGAAUGCCGUUCGAUAACUGCAACACUUGACACAUGCCGAAAUUUAGAGGGGGGUCCGUCACUACCAUUUCUGUUUUCAAUGAUGUCGAUAUGUAUUUUUUUAAUGAAAUAGUGGCAAAAAAUAGCAGAAAACUUAAAAAGUCAAGCUAUUCGAUUAAUCAAUUUGAUAUUCAUAUUUCCGCACCAUAAUUUAUUGCGUUUUAGUAACUACUUUACAUAACCAAUAUGUAGGCGAAGAUAAAGUUCACCACUACAAUAGACCAUUUUACGAGACGUUCUUGAACUCAAUUCAUGAAUAAAAUUUUGAAUGAAAGCUCGGAACCGCUGACAUUACGCAAGUAAAAGCAACAUCAAUGUCAGCAGGAUCCGUGACACCUGUCAGUUCGAAAAAUGGUCUAUAUAACGCUAGGUCACAAAGUAUACUUUGUGACCUACUAUGCACUGCCUCGCUGAGUAGUGAAAGCUAGCCAAACAAUGCACAAGGGAUAUUUUUUUUCUCUUAUAAUACUUACGAAAAGUGAACCACAUAACAUGGUGAUUUUGCUUCAUUGAUUAAUAGUGGAGAUCUAUAAUCUCCCAUCCAGAAUGAAGAGACAACAAGUAAACGAAAUGGAAAAAAAUCGAAAGAAAUGAAAGAGUCCUUUUGAAAUGUUUCUAGAGAUUCAACAAUUUUCAUUUUCGAAUGCAUUUAGAAUCCCCCCGCGAGAUCUGUCACUUCAAUGUCAAAUAUGACUUUGACCGAGACCCGGCAAUACAUUUUAUGUGUGUUUCUUGUUCAUUUGGCUUAAAUUUUGACAGUUAGUUUUGCUCACCGCUUAUCUUUUCCUCUGAGUAGCGCGCUAAAUUUGUGGUGAUAUGGUAAAAUAUGCAUUUCUUAGAUCUUCAUUGUUACAAGCCCCAAAGAAUAAUUUCAAAGGAGAAUCAGUUUUUUAAAUUAAAAGACAUUGUUUGAGUGAACACAAAUCUUUUAUAGAAAACCUCUACUGAAAGAAAAUGAUGACCUAAACAUUUUUGAACUUGAAUAAAGGAAUGAUAAUAAAAUGCUAUACUGAAGAAGGUUUGAAGUAUUCUGAGUCUGAAAUAUAGGUAUUUUACAGCUUGGUAACAGCAAGUUGCAAUACACCAAGGUCGCUUUUCACGCGAAUCCCAGAAUUAGCGCUGGUUCCGGAAUUACGCGUUUUUUUUGCGAAUUCCGUAAUUUGCGCGGUAUUUUUUUCUUAGGUGGAUUCCGUAAUUUCAUCACUCGGAUUCCGGAAUUUACGAGGCACUUAUCCCCCGCUUAAAAUGCGACUUUAGUGUAUUUUCAUCGUGCUAGGCGGUUGGUUGAAAGCUUGAAAGACCCUUCGGCACACAAUUUCUUUUUGUAUGAUUUUUCACAGUGUUAGUGUUGCACAAUUAUCUCGCACGCACGCACACUUCAAUCCCAACUGUCAAUUCUGUUUUUUCGCUGUCGCAGUGCCGUUUGGUCCAGAUUCUGCAAAACAGCAACAGUUUGAAUUCAUAAAUUUAUACAUUCAAAUUAUCCUGUUCAUUUUAACAAUUUCGUCCAGCAAUUGUGUUAUUUCACAAAAAUUGUGUGGGUAAAAUUCGUUCCAGCUUUGGUUCCGUUUUGUUUGUUUUUAUUGCACUAUCUGCACCUAAUUUGUUUUGUUCAGCAGCCGGCUUUAGAGCAGCAAAAGAGUGCCGAAAUGUUUAAACUGAUUAGCACUGCCAAAGCGAAUGGAGUCAUUCCGGUGCAUAAGUAUCGCUCGGAACGGACCGGUUUGACGGUAGUCGUUGGAAAAGUGGAAGGUCCUCUGGUUAAUGGGUAUUUUACACUGGCAACCGAAGCACAUGAUGACGAUGGGCUGCCGCAUACAUUGGAGCAUCUGAUAUUUCUCGGCUCGGAGGAUUAUCCUUAUAAAGGUAUCUUGGAUUUAGUCGCCAAUCGGUGUCUUGCAUCCGGUACCAAUGCUUGGACGGAUACUGAUCAUACGUGUUACACUAUGACUACGGCCGGAAGUGGUGGUUUCCUAUCGUUGCUUCCAGUCUACCUAGACCACAUUCUUUAUCCAACUUUAACGGAUGCUGGAUUUACGACCGAGGUUCACCACGUUACAGAAGAGGGUGAAGAUGGCGGUGUGGUUUAUUGUGAAAUGCAAGGUCGCGAAAAUACUGGUGAAUCUCGUAUUCAACUAGAAAUGCUUCGCGCUAUUUAUCCGAAUUGCGCAUAUAGCUCGGAAACCGGUGGAAUCAUGGCCAAUUUGCGAACUAGCACAAAUAACGAGAAAGUUCGAGCAUAUCAUGCUGCAUUCUAUCGGCCAGAUAACUUGCACGUGAUUAUCACUGGCCAGAUUGAGCCUGACGAUAUUUUCAAAGCACUGGAACCUAUUGAACAGAAAAUACUUUCUAAAGGUGAACUUCCACCUUUUGUUCGGCCGUGGCAAACUCCGGUUGCUCCUUUAUUAGAAUCAAAGACCCUGAAAAUAGUGUAUCCAGCAGAUGAGGAAGACUGUGGCUUGCUAGAUGUUGCUUGGCGAGGUCCGAAAGCUACCAGCGAAUAUGCGGAAUUGACCGCGUGCUCAGUUUUGUUGCGCUAUCUUUCUGAUACGUCUGUAAGCCCGUUACAGCAAGAGUUCAUAGAAAUUGAAAGCCCAUACGCGAGCCGUGUCGGCUAUAAUAUAGCGGAAAACUCUGAAUCGUUGUUAUACAUCGGCUUUGAAAAUGUUAUUUUGGACAAGAUGGAUGCUAUUUUUCCCAAGCUGAUGAAGGUGCUGAAAAGAAUUGCGUCCGGUGAAGAAAAAAUCGAUAUGAAACGAAUGGCUAGUGUUCUGGAAAGAUACAUUCUGGAAUCGUUGAGAAAUUUGGAAAGUAAUCCACAUGACGACGUUGCGUUCCAUGUGAUUGGUGAUGUACUUUAUGGUGAGGUUGCUAAGGAUUUUGAUACCCGGUUGAAUGCAAAUCGAAGCUUACAAGAAUUGAAAAAUAAGGACGAACAGUUUUGGCGUAAUUUACUAACAAAGUAUCUAGUGAAUGCCAAGAACGUUGUAGUUAGCGCUGUUCCAAGCAUUGAGGAACAGAAGCGUUAUGCCAAGGAAGAGCACGAUCGCGUUGAACAACAGCGUACAUCUCUAGGAGAGGAAGGGCUAGCCAAAAAAGCGAAGCUAUUGGCUGAUGCAAUGGCUACUAAUGAAAUUCCCCCGCCGGAAGACAUGCUGACAUCAAUCCCGGUACCCUCAACUGACGGGAUAAAGUUCCACCCCGUCGAAAUUUUUAAAUCCACCGAGGAGAAAAACCCACCUGGACUGGGCUUACUUAAACUGCCCGUUUACGCAGAGGCGUAUCAUUUGCAUACCAACUUUUGUUAUCUAAUGGUUACGAUGAACGCGGAGCCAGUGGUGCCUAAUUUGCGUCCAUAUCUGCUAUUGUUGAUGGAACUUUUGACCGAAUCGCCUAUCCGACGCGGAGAUAAGCUACUUCCAUACGAAUCCGUUGUGGCGGCACUGGAAGCAGACACCAUUGAGACUGAAGCAAAACUAGGCAUUGAAACUAGAGGUCGCUUCAGCUUGGGACCUUUUGGUACAACAGCAACGCUGUUCAUGCAAGUUAUUCCCAGUAAAUAUGAAAUCGGUAUUAACUGGAUUGUGGACUUGCUCCAUAGCACGGAGUUUACACCCGAACGUAUUAAGGUCUGCGCAUCGAAAAUGGUUAACGAUGUUGCACAAGCUAAACGUGAGGGGCAUUCUAUCGUUCGGGAUUUACUCAAGGCUAUGUAUUAUGGAUCAGAUAGUCACGUUCGUGUAAGUUCUUUGUUGAAACAGCAAAAGUUUUUGAGUGAUUUAAUCGAGCAGUUGAACAAUCCUACUGGCCCCGAAAACGUUAUCAACAAUCUCAAUAAGGUUCGAGCUAUUAUUACCAGACCUGAAAAUCUCGGACUACAUCUGGCAGCUAACUGGGUCGAAAUGGCCAAACUUCAAGUUGAUUUGGAGGGUCCUUGGUCGAGACUAGUUAAAACAGAAGAAGUUUUCAAAAAUAAAUUAUCGGUAAUCCCUGAUUGGCAGUUGAUGCAAUUUGAAAGUGCCCUGGAUGACUACACUGGAGUUGUCGUUGGUCUGGGAAGCGUUGAAAGUGCCUUCCUCUAUCAGAGUUCUAACGCCAUCAGAGACUUCAACGAUAAGGACUUUGCUCCUCUGUUGCUGUUCUUGCAGUAUCUUACACAGCUGGAAGGUUCGUUGUGGAGACAAAUUCGGGGUCAAGGUUUUUCCUACGGUUACAACAUCGUCCCCCGACCGAACGAAGGACUUCUAUAUUUUACUUUGUACCGUGCGUCCAAUGUGGUUGCUGCUUACAAAGAAGCCAAGUCAAUUACGGAAAAACAAUUGCAAGAGAAUGCCAAAUGGGAUCCUACUUUACUUGAGUCGGCUCGCAGUUCGCUAAUAUUUGAAAUCAUUGCACGCGAAAAAAGUAUCGGAAACGUAGUGACUCAAUCAUUUUUGUCGAGUUUCAAAGAAGUGUCCGCUGGGUACAAUCAGGCAUUGGUACAGCAGGUUGGUAAUGUUACUGAGGCCGACUUAGCGCGAGUUGGAAAUAAAUACGUUGGACGGUUGUUCUCAUCCGAAGCGAAGACGGCUAUUGUGUGCCAUCCAGAUAAGGCAGCGGAUGUAGCUGCAGCAUUCAGACAACUCGGUCACAAUUUAAAGGUGGAAACUAGUUUGGAGGAGAGCAUUCUGGCUUAAAAUUAAUAGUUGCAUUUACGGAAAGCUGCCGAUCAUCGAAGAUUUAAUAACUUAUGACUGGACAUAGAAGAAGGAACCGUGUACACUGUCCUGGUUGACUGUUACCACAGAGAAGCUAGUAUUUGUAAGCAUUUCGAGUUUAUGUGUGUGAUAUUAAUAGCUGCGAGUGGUGAAAGCAAUACUAUCCCUGUCUGAAAAAAAUGUCAAGUGUCCAGUCCUAAAACAUAUAAUUUUCGCUAGAAUAUUUAAUCACACCUAAAAUAAACAAUUUGAUUUCUUAUUUGUAAUUUUAGAGAAAUGAUAGGAGCCCAGAAACAAUGAAUUUAAAUUUAUUCCUAAUAUGUGAACUAUAUAAUUAAAAUCUUUUAACAUAGUAGUAUCAGAAUAUCUUUUUGAAAGAUAAUUUGUGUGUGAAUACCGAUAUUUGAUAACUUUUCAUAUGCCCGGAACAAUUGACUUCAUCGAACGGUUUUUUCUGUGUCGGUUGGAUCAUAAAAUAAAUAACAUCAAAAUAGUUUUAAAAUAUAA